CAUCCAGGUGCCAAGAUGAUAGAGAUAGACGAGGUGGUGUACCAGGACGACUACGGCUCCGGCACCGUGAUGUCGGAGCGGGUGUCGGGCCUGGCCAACAGCAUCUACCGGGAGUUCGAGCCUAUCCACAGCUACGACGAGGAGGUGGUGAAGGAGCUGAUGCCGCUGGUCGUCAACGUCCUGGAGAACCUGGACGCGGUGCUCACCGAAAACCAGGAGCACGAAGUGGAGCUGGAGCUGCUGAAGGAGGACAACGAGCAGCUCAUUACCCAGUAUGAACGGGAGAAAGCGCUGCGUAAGCAGGCGGAGGAGAAAUUUAUUGAAUUUGAGGACAGCCUGGAAGCGGAUAAGAAGGAGCUGCAGAUGCAAGUGGAGCUUCUGGAGCUGCAGGGGAAGCAGUUAGAGCUAAAGACAAAGAACUACUCCGACCAGAUCACUCGUCUUGAAGAGCGUGAAGCAGAGAUGAAGAAGGAGUUCAACGCUCUUCACCAGCGCCACACUGAGAUGAUUCAGACGUACGUAGAGCACAUAGAGCGGUCCAAACUGCAGCAGGCAGGGAGUAACGGCCAACCAGAAGGCCCUGGCUGUGGACGACUCAAAGUGGAGCGCCCGCCGUCGUUGAGCCUGUACCCUGGUGGCAAGGGCAUGGUACGUGGUGGUCUCGGGGGGGCUAGGAUGAUGCCCGGGAAAGACAUCUGGCAGGAGGACGGAUCGGAGUCUGACUCGGUUGCAGCCACACCCAGCAGCACAGGAAGCAAGUCCAAUACACCCACCUCCUCCGUCCCCUCCGCCACCAUCACCCCCAUCAACGAGGGCUUCCCCCGGCACUACGACUUCAACAGGAUGGAGACUAGAAACCGCAGGAAAAGCCCCAAGCGUCUUAGUCGGAACAUGGAGGUGCAGGUUUCCCAGGAAACCAGGAAUGUUAGCAUCGGUAUGGGAAGCAGUGAUGAAUGGUCUGAAUUUCAGGAAAUAAUUGAUUCUACACCAGAGCUGGAGAUGGGUAUGGAUUCCAGGUUGUAUGGAGGAGGAAACAGUCCUUCUCAGGGGAUUGUUAACGAGGCCUUUGGCAUCAACACUGACUCACUGUACCACGAGAUCAAAGACGCCAAGUCGGACAUUAUUGGGGACGUGGACGCAGGUGCCGAGCUGCUAGGCGAGUUUUCAGUCCGUGAUGAUUUCUUCGGGAUGGGAAAGGAGGUGGAAAAUCUUCUGACGGAGAACAAACAGCUUCUAGAGACCAAAAAUGCUCUCAACAUUGUGAAAAAUGACCUUAUUGCCAAAGUGGAUGAGCUGUCAAGUGAGCAGGAGGUUCUGAAGGAGGAGCUGGAGGCGGUGCGACAGUCUAAGAACAAGGUGGACGCCAGAAUCAAGGAGCUGGAAGAAGAAAUCAAGAGGUUAAGAGCAGAGGCAUCUCGGGACUCCAAAGACGAAGUAGGCGAUGAUUUUUCAUCGCCCAUGCAGGAUGGGGACAUGGCAAUGACCCAGCGGCGCCGCUUCACUCGGGUGGAGAUGGCCCGUGUUCUGAUGGAGAGGAACCAGUACAAAGAGAGGCUGAUGGAGCUCCAGGAGGCUGUGCGAUGGACUGAGAUGAUCAGGGCAUCUAGGGAGAGUCCUCCAAUCCAGGAGAAAAAGAAGUCCACCAUCUGGCAGUUCUUUGCGCGUCUGUUCAGCACCUCAUCCAGCCCUCCGCCUGUCAAGCGGCCAUACUCCAGUGUCAACAUCCACUACAAGUCGCCCUCGCCGGCGUUCAAUCAGCGGCGCAGCCACACCAUGUGCCAGAUCUCCACCUCCAACCGCACCCUAGAGUUCUUCCCAGAAGAUGACUCGGCGAUGAUGGCGCGCCGAGAGCAGCGGCGCGAGCAGUACAGGCAGGUGCGCGAGCACAUGCGCCGUGACGACGGCAUCAUGCAGGCCUGUGGCUGGAGCGUGCCAUCUCGCCUCAAACAGACUGGUGGUCAGAUGGACGGCGCUAAGGACAGCCCGCUGAAGAGACAACAGACCAAUGAGAAGGAGGAUAACCGCAUGAAGAACGUCCCUGUCCCAGUGUACUGUCGCCCUCUGGUGGAGAAAGACCCCAACAGGAAGUUGUGGUGCGCAGUAGGAGUGGACCUGACAGGAUGGAGAGUCAGCAGCCAGGAGGUGGUGCCACUUAAAGCACCGUCAGGAGGCAGUGACCCCCUGCAGACUGAGGAGGACCGAGUGGACAAGAAGAAUACAUCCCUUGAGAAGAGGAAGUCUAAGGAGCUCCAGGAGACAGACAGCAUGAACAGUCGAGUGUGGAUCCUCACCAGCACCCACUCUGCCAGCAAAGUGGUCAUCAUCGACGCCAACCAACCUGGUUCUCUGGUUGACCAGUUUAAUGUCUGCAACGCCCACGUGCUCUGCAUCUCCAGUGUGCCUGCUGCAAGCGAGAGCGAUUAUCCAGCAGGAGAAAUCGUGUUGGAUCCAGGUGAUGGAGGAGCAGGGGGUGGAGAGGACAUGGGUGGCGUGGAAGGUAUGUUGGCUGGCAUCACAUUGGUUGGCUGUGCCACAAACUGCAGUGUUGCCCGUAGCAACUGUUCCUCGCGGACUGACACGCCCAUAGUGGACAAAGGACAAGCCCCCACUGCUCCCCCAAUGAAUGAGAAGAUCCAACCCGCCCAGUCAGCGGAGGAAGCCACAGAGGCCACAGAGGUUUCUGAAUCCACGGCUAACCACACAGAGAUUGGAUCCGGACGCCCAGGUCCCUUCACGGAGCACGUCUUCACCGAUCCUCAGCCACGUCCGGCAGAUGAUAGGAGCACAGGCCAGUCCAAAGAGGAAUCCUGUCAGCCCACAGAGUCUGAGGAGGGAGGGGAAGAAACCAAAAACUACACCAGCGUGGCCCCCACCAUGUGGCUUGGGGCACAGAAUGGCUGGCUUUACGUCCACUCUGCUGUCGGAACCUGGAAGAAGUGUCUACACUCUAUCAAACUCAAAGACUCGGUUCUCAGUCUGGUCCACGUGAAAGGUCGCGUGCUGGUCGCCCUCGCUGAUGGGACGCUCGCCAUAUUCCACAGAUCAGAAGAUGGUCAGUGGGAUUUGUCCAACUACCACCUGAUGGACCUCGGCCGGCCGCAUCACUCCAUCCGCUGCAUGGCGGUCGUCCAUGAUAAGGUGUGGUGCGGCUACAAGAACAAGAUUCAUGUCAUUCAGCCUAAAAGUAUGCAGAUUGAGAAGUCCUUCGACGCUCACCCCCGGAGGGAGAGCCAGGUGCGGCAGCUGGCCUGGAUCGGUGAUGGCGUGUGGGUGUCGAUCCGGCUAGAUUCCACCUUGCGUCUGUACCACGCACACACGCACCAGCACCUCCAGGAUGUGGAUAUCGAGCCAUAUGUCAGCAAAAUGUUGGGUACUGGAAAACUGGGUUUCUCUUUUGUGCGGAUCACGGCCCUGCUGAUUGGUGGAAAUCGUCUCUGGGUGGGGACUGGAAAUGGUGUGAUCAUCUCCAUCCCACUGACGGAGACGGUGGUCCUUCACCGGGGUCAGCUCCUGGGUUUGAGGGCCAAUAAAGUGUCUCCUACGUCCUCCGGCGGUGUGAUCCAUGUGUACGGUGAUGACGGCUCUGAGAAAAGCACCGGCAGCUUCAUCCCCUACUGCUCCAUGGCCCAAGCGCAGCUGUGUUUCCAUGGACACCGUGAUGCCGUCAAGUUCUUCGUUUCCGUACCGGGUAAUGUUUUGGCCACUCUAAACGGCAGUGUUCUGGACAGUCCAUCUGAAGGUCAGAGCUCCACAUCGCCCACAGAGACGGAGGCGCAGAGCGUUCAAAAUGUGUUGGUGCUGAGCGGGGGAGAGGGCUACAUCGACUUCCGCAUAGGGGAUGGGGAGGAUGAUGAGACAGAGGAAGGAGACAGCAGCGGUGGGGCUUCGCAGAUGAAACCUGCUUUGAACAAAGCUGAGCGAAGCCACAUCAUCGUCUGGCAGGUGUCCUAUGUGCCAGAGUGAUGCCUAAAUCUGCUUUAACAUUACACCUGAACAUCUCUUUAAAGAACCCCUCCCCCCAAGAAGCUUCCAGCCACUUAAACUUUGUAAUUAUCCCCUAGUUAUGUAAAAGUCCCUUUCUGGUUCUGAAAAAACAAACCCUCCAAGCUGCGCAUCUUUCCUUGUAACUAUUAAAUCCCCCCAUCCCAUCACCUUUUAACUUUAAUGCCUUGUAAGUACCUCCUUUGACCUAGUUAUCUGCUUGCCAUCCUGCGUCUGUCCCACACAGGGCAUUGUAACCAUCAUCAUAAGCCUUGUAACUACCUCCCUCCUCUGUAACCAUCUAAUACUUACCCUGUAAGCACACGUUAUCUCCUCCUAUAUUGAACCUGGAUUGCAUCGGGCCGGGGCUGCUCCUAAUCUUUUGCUAUGAAGUUAAUCAAUGGAAACUUAUCUAAAACCAAAAAAAAUGAAGAAGAUACAGCAAUACGAUGGUAGAUCAAGUUGCAUUUCCAAAUAAAAAGGUCAGCUGAUAGGAUAAGAAGUAAAUGAAAAUGUAUUUGGUCUCAAUGAAAGUAAAUGUUGAAGAAGUUGGGGAAAUUAGAUUUUUUUUGUUUACCUUGAAAUGCUUUACAUCCUAUCUAGGUCCUAAUUGAAUACAUGCAGCACCUUGAAAAACUAUUAAUACACCUUGAUCUUGUCAUAUUAUGAACAUAAAUGUAAGUUACUGGGAUUUUAUGAUAAAAUAACAAAUUAAUUUAGAUGUUUCAAAGGCAAAGAGGAAAUGCAUGACAAAGGUUUGAGAUUUUUUUUUUAAUUGGUAAAAAAAACAUGGACAACCAACCAUCCUCAUCAAUCCUCUUGUGUCUAACUUCCUUUUAUUUAAACCUUUGCACUGUAGCUCUGGCUGUAUAUUUAAGGUGAACCUCCUCUUCGGUUCUUCUGCAGCCUUCUCAAACACAAGUGGAUUCUCUUUCCUAAUUAGGUGACAUUUGUAGCUGGCAGGAAAUUUUAUUAAGGAGUAUUAGAGUAUUGGGGGCUAAAUACAGAUUUAUGCCACACAUUUCGUAUCAAAGACAUUGAAGUUUGUGAUCGUAACAUGACAAGGUUGGGAAUUUUUCAAGGAACUGUGUUUCAUACACACUUAACGAGGAAACUCCUGGAAAUAUGUGGUGCAGCAGCAGCAGCCUAGAGCAAAUGAAAGGUCAGACCAUGUCCACAUCCACUCCGACUGGCCCAGUUUAAUCCUUCAGUUCCUAAAUAAUCUCCCUCUCUGACUAGCUGCUGAUCAAAUGCUUUGGUGUGAGGCAGGUAAAUAAUGGCAUGUUGUUAUUUUAUGUACAGGGAUAACUGUACAUGUCCAGACGCACUGAAGCCCAUCCUCUUUGUUCAGUAUGGAAGCUCGUGCAUUGAUCGUUAUCUGUGGAUUAAAUAUUAAAACAUAUUUGUGUCAAAAGCAA